AUGAUUUGUUUACAUCAAAAUGAUAAUGCAUGUGUUAUCAUCCUCCUACGUAUGGCAAAACUCAAAACUUGGGGUGGUCAACCUCAAGUGGGUAAGUGUUUGUUUGGGUCGAGAUUGCAUAUUAAUGAUGACAUGUCUCACAUUUCAGAAUUCAGAAAAGUUAUUGUUGAUAUGGAUUUGAAUGUUGAGUCUUCCAUUAGUACUACACAGUUUAAUACCGAUAUUGUUGUGGCCAAGGCAGAGGAUUACUAA